AUGAAUCAAUAUGUUUAUUUUAAUGAUUUGAAAGAAAUGCAACAAUAUGCACGAAAAAAUCAACUCUCAUUAUAUGCAUACAAGAAAGCUGUAUAUAAUUUGACGGAUUAUGCUGAGAAUCAUCCUGGUAGUGAAGCUUAUGUGUAACAUUAUGAAAAUCAGGAUGUCACAUAUACUUAAUUCAAUAAGAAAAUCGUGAAAACUCACAGAGAAAUCAUUUCAAGUUUACAGAAAUAUAUUAUUGGAUAUAUUCAGAAACAUGACAAAUACAUAAUAUAAUUCAAAUCCUCUAAAUCCAUUAUCGAAUAAACAAAAAAAAGAUUAAGAGAUAGCACUGUACCAUUUUAUUAAGACAUUCCAGAGGAUUGUUCUAUUACUAAAUUACCGGUACUAAAUACCAAUAAAAGAUUUCACUCUCAAAAGACAAUUAAGAUGCCUCAAUGA